AGAAAAACGAUGAAAUGUAUAAUAAAGAACACGAAUGGCACCAAAGUCUGAUGUCUUUCAUCGAAUAUAGCCCAAUAAACUGUAUUCGAAAACUGCGAUCGUGGGUAUCGCGGGUGUUACCGUUGCGUCGGCGGUGGCGACGACGACGACGACGGCGUAAUACUCACGUCAUCGAAACACCUGGCGGUAGGAUACAAACAACUUCGAUGCACCUAUUCUUCUUGUGGAAGGGGUUGUCACUGUAUACAAACGAUGACGUAAAGCACCAAUAAGAGCGAGCUAAAGGCUGCUAUGAAAGCCAAUGAGAACCCAAGUGUUUGGGCCAAGGGGAGAUUCUUCGAGGAAGAUACGAAGAGGGCGGUGUUGCGUGUGUUUUUAUGGGGUCUGCGGGUUCUCUCGCGAAAGCGAAACAUUACGGUGGCGUCUUUCUCGCAGCAGCCCUGUAAUAAUUUGAUAUUUCAUAAUCUUUAUUAAUUGAGUAAAAGCAAAUAUCUCGAUUUGUGUGCAAUUACACCUACGAAUAUGGCUAUUGAUUUUCUGGUGUCGCUUUUCAUAACUUCGUGAAUACCUAAUUUCGUGAUACGAUUUUCUUUUCUUUUUUUCAUCGCGAGUUCGGUGACGUGUGCGUUGAAUUUUCACAUUAAUUCGGUAUUUAAUGUACGUGCAAAAUUUCUCAAACAUGAAUAUGAACGUGCCUUCUGCACUACCUUUAGAUACGUAUAUCGAUAAAAUCUCAUCGUCGGAUAUUCGAACGUCGUCGACCGGAUACAAAGAUAAAUCGUUGUCGUCCCUCAAAGAACCAACCGUUUCGGAUUUUCUGGCCAAAAAAUCGCUAUCGUUUUCACCCGAGCAGAUCACGUGUAUAUGCGAAACCCUCCAGCAAUCCGGAGACAUCGACAAGUUGGGCAGAUUCUUGUGGUCGUUGCCCGAAAACGACGUCUUGAACGGGCACGAGGCCGUACUGCGAGCCAAAGCAGUCGUAGCUUUCUAUCGUGGCACCUAUCGUGAACUUUACAAUAUCCUAGAAAGCCAUAAUUUCGACGUCAAGCAUCAUGCCGAGCUGCAACAUAUGUGGUUCCAAGCGCACUACAACGAAGCGGCCAAAAUACGAGGACGUAGCUUGGGCGCCGUCGACAAGUACAGAUUAAGAAAAAAAUACCCGUUACCGAAGACCAUUUGGGAUGGAGAAGAAACCGUGUAUUGUUUCAAAGAGAAAUCCAGAAACGCCCUCAAGGAUUCGUACGAAAGGAAUCGAUACCCGACGCCGGAUGAAAAAAAGAAUCUCUCCAAGAAGACCGGAUUGACGCUCACUCAAGUCAGCAACUGGUUUAAAAAUCGUAGACAAAGGGAUAGGACGCCGCAGCAGAGGAGCGAAAUAAUGUCGUGCGAAAACACAUCGCAAUUCGUACACCCGAGCAUAUCUCCUUCAACGUCGUCAAUGUACCUUUACCCAGGAUCCCAGCCUCCGCACCAUCACCAUCAUCAUCAUCACCACUACCACCACAACCAUCAUCACCAUCUGAAUACCAUCAACCUGAACAUGAAAAUCGUGCCUCCGGUCGCGGCUUCGCCUACAGCUUCGAAUUACCUCUUCCCAAAUGUCAAUUCGAACUCGAUCGAAGAUGCUCAGUCGUAUAAUCGCAAUUGCAGCAGUACCAGUACCAACAGCAGCUGUAGCAGUUUCAGCAACAUCAGCUGCAAUAAUAAUAAUUUAAACAAUAAUUGCAAUAUGCUCGAUAAUCAGGUCAUCAAGAAAGAAGAUAACGCCAUAUUGGACAGCUUGUACGAUGAAAUGAAUUACCCACCGCCUAAUUAUUAUACGAAUAAUAGCUCUUCUUAUCAGUUACCAGAGCAGGCUUAUUUGCAUAAUACUAAUUCUUCGGUCGCUCCUGGUUCGUAUUACGCGCCGUCCGGGUUUUUGAAAAAUUGCGGUGAUAAUUGAACUCACCCACAGUCCACGAUGACGUGCUAUUCUUCUUCCAAGGUGCAAUAUUAACUUAACCUAAAUAGUCUCGAAGUUUAUUUUAGCUUUUUCUUCAAUCUAGUUUCCUAUACCUCCACCGAUCUUUAUUCCGUUUUCAAAAAUUUGUAGUCUUAAAUGUUCCAGUUCUCUAUUUUUAUGGCUACCUACUCAUUUUUUUGUUUGACCAAUGCAUUUAGCUUAGAAAUAUAUUUGUUGUUUAUUUUACUUUACUGUGUUACGUAUUAUUUACAUGAUUGUGUAAAAAAAAAUUUUUCUAUGUAAUAUAAUCGUGUGUAAGUAGAUUUUUCUUUUUUUUUGUUUUGUUUUAACCGAUUAUAUACAAAUGUUUUGCAUUUCGUACUACAAUUGUACUAGUCACUUUAAAGUAGUAAUUGUGUAUACGUUGGGUGAUAUUAUGUUGCAUUUUUUCUCCCCUGUACUCAUUAAUUCUCUUUCCCUUUCUUAUUCUCUACUGCUAUACUCAUCUUUGUUCGUCGUUUUUCCGUGUUUAAUUAAGAUAAUUAGCGAAUGUUGUAGUUUUAUAAUAAAUACCAAAAUUAGGUUAUAUUUUCGUUGUGUUUAGUAGUCUUAUUUUGAACUCUUCUUUAUACUUUAAGGUAUAUAAAUGUACAGAAAUAUAUUUUUUUAAUAUCUUU